AUAAACAUUACAUUACACAACAUGUCCUCUCUCUCUCUCUCUUCUCUUGAGACCUCUGCCACUUCAGAGAGAGAGAGAGAGAAAGGGAAGAGAAAACCACUUCGGGGUUUGGUUUUGGCCCGUGCCUGUCGUUUUGUGUUUCUUAGCCGUGCUUAAAACCACUGUUAAAAACAACUGUUUCAUCUCUCUCUCUCUCUCUCUCUCUCUCUCUCUCUCGCGCGCGCGCGCUUCGAUUCCUCUCUAUUUUCGAUCUCGAUCCCGAAGCGCACAAACAUUAUCUCUCCAUGUGGUCCUUUUUGCUCCUUAUUCUCCUCUCCUCCGAAGCGUGGGGUGCGCUACGACGCGGACCCGUGUGGUUUUCCUGGCUUGUAGUGGUCAUACGCGCGUAAAAGAGCCACCUUUGCUUCGUUUCACCACCAUUUCCCUCCCCCCCCUCAUCCGAGCUUUGUGGCGAAAUCGCGAAGAACCCUUCUUUUGAAACGGGUGUUCGGAUUGGGAGAAGCCCAAAAGGCGUGAUCUUGGGGGGUCUUCUCCUUUUGCUGUAUCUUAUCCUGUUGAGGUAAUUCGAGUUUCGCGUCAUAUAUGAUUGCUCUCAUGGAUGAUGAGUUAUCAUGGGAGUCUCUCUCCACAGACCAUUUCGCGAGUGAUAUGAUCAACUUCAGAACGGUUCCCGAGCGAAACGAUGGAGAAGAACAAUUCAUGGUUUCGCUGGAUAGCAUUCUGCCGGAUGAUUUAUUAGAGAAAAUACUCUCCUUUUUACCCGUCGCGAGCAUAGUUAGAGCUACAUCCGUUUGCAGAAGAUGGCGCGAUAUAGUCCGCUCAAGGAGGUUUCUAUGGGCCAACAAGUCACCUCAAAAGCCGUGGUACUUCAUGUUUACAUGCAACGACGCUGCCGCUGGGUAUGCGUAUGAUCCCAUCUUCAGAAAAUGGUAUAACGUCGGUCUCCCUUGCAUUGAGAAAAGCAAUUGGUUUAUCGCUUCGUCUUGUGGGUUAGUUUGCUUUAUGGACUACGAUAGCAGGAGCCGCAUCUUCGUUUGCAACCCAAUUACUAGAGAUUCGGUUAAGCUUCUCGAACCACCUGGUGCGAAAUUCCCUGACUAUAGUACGCUUACUAUAUCUGUUGACCGAUCUUCUUACGACUACACUGUUGCAGUGGCAAAAUCAAAACAAAUUCCUGGCGAUUUUCUUCAGUGGGACUUCUCGAUACACAUGUACGAUUCAAAAAGUCGAAAUUGGAUCACUUCUAUUGAGGAGGUUUUUAUGGGUUGGAGAGGAGGCGAUGAUAGUGUGAUUUGUAAUGGAAUAUUGUAUUGCUUGGUCCAUUCGACUGGCAUAUUGGGCAGUUCCAACUUUCGUCAUAGCCUCAUCAUCUACGAUCUAGCGGCUCGGUCUUCUCGCACUUCCUUGAUGCACGAUUCGAUCCCGGCCCCUUGUUCUCUCACCUGCGGCCGGCUGAUGAAUUUAAAGGAGAGGCUGGUUAUGGUCGGCGGGAUAGCGAAGAACGAAAGGCCGGAUAUCAUUAGAGGAAUAGGAAUUUGGGAGCUCUAUGACAAUAAAGAGUGGCGAGAGGUGGCCCGGAUGCCCCACAAGUUUUUCCAAGGGUUUGGUGAGUUUGACGAUGUUUUUGCGAGCAGUGGGACGGAUGGCCUUAUAUACAUACAGAGCUACGGGGCGACUGCGUUGCUUGUUUUUGACAUGAGCCAGAAGCAAUGGAGAUGGUCGGUGAAGUGUCCCGUGACUAAACGGUUUCCUCUGCAGCUAUUUACAGGUUUCACCUUCGAACCUAGGCUUGAAGUUGGCCCCUGAGUUCGAAUCUCCUCUCAAGCAAAGUUUUGUGGAUUUGACUAGUUGCCUACGAAGUUCUUUUUCUUUCGGAGAGACACUUAGAAAGGUUUUAUUACUUUUGAGGGGCUUAUAGGAGUUGCUGACUGGUAUAGGUAUCAGUGACAAAAUCUUUCUGAUGAUUUUUGUUCUUUCAUAUGUUUGUCGGUGGAGCAUUCUGUGUUUUUUUACUUUGGCAUAGUGUUGAUCUAUAGAAUGGCAGAAAUGCUGCCUCACUUUUUCCUUGUAUCCUUUCUUUUUUUUCAAAAAUAAUCCAUACGUCGGCUUUUUACAGCUUGUCU